AGCCACAAGUGCCUCGGCCCCCCCCCCCCCCGAGCGCGCCAUGGCGGCCCUCGGGUUGCCGCGCCCUGCGCUCGCGGAGACCCGCGCCUUCGGCGGCGGCCCCGCGCCCGGCGCGGGCGCCGAGAAGCUGGGGCCGCCGCUGUGCGAGUCGCCCCGCCGCGUCCUCGGCGACAUCAGCAACUCCCCGCGCUCGCUGGCCGCCCCGGCCUGCCGGCCCUCCCCCCGCGGACUGCCAGCGGGGCCCCGCGGGUUGCCAGGCGCCCCGGCUGGCAGGUCGGAGCCCGCCUCGCUGCUAUUCGGGCUCCCGGGCGCCGCGGCCUUCGAGGUCUUCGACGACGUGGCGGGGUCCUACUCGGGAGCCGCCGCGGGCAGCAGCCUCGUCGGCGGCGCCGGCCGAGCUGGCGGCCCCGAAGCAGGCGCCCUGCCUCGGCCAGUGGUCGCCGCAGCGGGCGCCGCGCCCGAGGCGGCGCCCCCCGACCCCGGCUGGGGCGUCGAGGAGCUGGAGCCGCCCGAGGAGCUCGCCGAGCUGCUGGUGGCCGGCAUGCGCCGGGCGGACCAGGAGGCCGCCGCGAGGGGUGCGGCGGAGGCCUGCGGCGACGCGCUCGACGCCGCGGGGGCGGCUGCGGCGGCCCCGUCGCGGCAGGCGCGGCGGCCGAUCGUCGGCGACCGGCGGACAGGAUCGGCCUGGAGCUGCUGGCGCCCGUUGCGCCGGCGCUGCUGUCAAGUGGCUUCAUGGACCUCGAUUCCGACAGCGAUUUAGAGCUCGACGGGGACGAGCGCUGCUGCGAUCAGGGCGCGCUGGGUGUGUGGGCGCUGAGGGGCGCAUAGGCGCGGAGGCGGCGCAGCGGGCGCCUGGCUCACCCUUCGACAGGUUCUUCUGUCGUCGUGAUCUUCACCGUCGAUCGGAAGGAGGCGUGGGACUGAUGAGGGCGCCGUGCACGCGGGAUGUCGGCAGCGGGCUCGCCGGCGUGCUACGGGCUGAGGCCUCUGCCAAAGGGUCGAGGCCUCCUGAGUUGGGUCCGCGCAG